UUUAUGAAUACAGGAGGUGUGUACCGCUGCUGGUUUCCAGCCUUCUCCUCAAAGUUAGUUUAAACAACGUUACAGAAACUACUUUGUGCGAGUAUGGCUAACAGAAAUAUACAGCAAGCGAACAUGCAAAGCAGUAGCUCCCCUCAACCAGCGAAACCCGGGACCGAGUCCCCGGCCCCGGAGCAGUCACCGGCGAACAAAGACAGCCCCGCGCCGCCGCAGCAGCAGCAGCAGUCCCCCGCGGCGGAACAAGCGGAGGGAGCCGGGGAAGGAGGCGAAGAAGGCCGGGCUGCAGUGACUCUGGAUAUCACGAGUUUUCGGAAGCCCGGUGAGAAGACUUUCACCCAGCGCUCACGGCUGUUUGUGGGGAAUCUGCCGGUGGAUAUCCCGGAGGAGGAGUUCAAAAACAUGUUUGCUAAAUACGGGAACAUUAACGAGGUUUUCAUCAACAGAGACCGGGGCUUCGGCUUCGUCCGCCUGGAAACACGAAUGCUGGCAGAGAUCGCCAAAGCCGAGCUGGAUGGGACUAUUAUGAAUAAUCGACCAAUCAGGGUCCGCUUUGCGACACAUGGCGCUGCUCUCACAGUUCGCAACCUGCUGCCUGCAGUGACAAACGAGCUGCUGGAACAGGCGUUUUCUCAGUUCGGGUUGGUGGAGCGGGCUGUUGUCGUGACCGAUGACCGUGGUCGUCCCACUGGGAGAGGCAUUGUGGAGUUUGCAAACAAAGUAUCUGCACGUAAAGCCCUGGAGCGCUGCACGGAGGGAGCGCUGCUGCUGACCAACACACCCUGUCCAGCCAUCGUAGAGCCCUCGGAGCACUUUGAUGAUGAGGAUGGACAGCCUGAAAAAUUGCUGCAGAAGACUCCAAAGUACUACAAAGAGCGAGAGCAGACGCCACGUUUUGCUCAGCCGGGGACAUUUGAGUUUGAAUACUCGUCUCGCUGGAAAGCUCUUCACGAGAUGGAGAAACAGCAGAGAGAGCAGGUGGACAAGAACAUCAGAGAGGCCAAAGAGAAACUGGAGGCUGAGCUGGAGUCGGCCAAACACGAACAUCAGCUCAUGUUGAUGAGACAAGAUCUAAUGAGACGUCAGGAGGAGCUGAGGAGACUGGAAGAGCUCCGUAAUCAGGAGCUGCAGAGACGAAAGCAGAUAGAAAUGAGGCAUGAAGAGGAGAGGAGGAGGAGAGAGGAGGAGAUGAUGAGACACAGGGAACAGGAGGACCUGAGACGCCACCCGGACGGCCUCAAACCAAACUACAUGGACAAUUGAUCCUGUUGGGAGUCUGCAUCUUUACACGCAUGUAACACACACACACACACAAACAACACAAAUACGCACACUCAGAAUUUGCAUCUAGAACCAUCAGUCCAAUUCUUAAUCCACUACAGUCGCCAACUGUCCUCAAAAUACACCAGGUAGUUUGUCUUCGCUUCGAAGAAGAGGUUGGACAUGUGUGUUGUGUCAAAUUAUAGCCACAUUCACUACCUUUGCUCUCAUGAAAUUAGAAUUUUAAAUACAUAAUAAUACAUUGAAAUAACUUAAAGGUCUAUUUCACAAAUAUUGUUUGACCAGGGUGGUCUAACAAGGACAUCCGUGAUUAAAAUUGACCGCUGGGUGUUAGAGACUCCUUCAUGCUACUUUACAUACAAGUGCUGACCUGCUCUUUCUGACAUUAUUCUAGUUGGCCAUUUUUUGUUUGUGGGGAGGAUUAUUGUGAGAGUGUAAACGGCAUCUGCUGCCAUCUAGUGUUUUAAUUAUAGCCAAAGUUCCUCCAUCAGCGCUACGUUUGAUCACAGGCCGAUUUUAAGCCGCUGUUGACAGAUGCACAUGAUUUUGAUACACAUAGAGCACAUAACAUGACUACCUUUUCAUUGUAAUUGCAACAUAAUGUGAAUUGAACAGGUAAGUAUGUAAAGAAUACUAAGGCUGAGCAUCGCUGUAUUUGCAGUCCCUUUCCCUGCUUUUCCUGAAAGCGUGCGUGAUGGACAAGUCUACUAUUUCUGUAUAAAUACAUAAAGAACGGAGAGAUGCCACAGCUGCGUUUCACCGCUAUUGUGAUAAGAUGAGAGAACAGGAAAUGA